AUAAAAUAGUCCUGAGGGUGUGAUAUUGUUGGGGAUUUUGUGUAAUGUUUCUUUUGUGAGACGGGACUCAAAGCAACAGGGACAUGGAUAGAUGAGUACGUGAGUGGGAGGAGCCGUAUCUUUACCGUCUAUUCUUUAAUCCUAUCGUCCAUUCUUCCAGCCCAUUGACGUAGCUGUUGUUCCCUCUGUCGCCCAUUUAACCCCUCCACAGUAUCUUUAUUAAGAUAUUAUUAUCCGAAUCGGUCUUCGGCGCCAGCCAGGCUUUGGAUGUUUCGGAUGGGUGCGUUCUGGGCUAGGCAGUGACAUCAUCCCAUCACCCCCGGGCUAUAAGGGAGGACAGCACAUCACUCUUCUACAAAACGACACAACAAAAAUAGAAGGGAAAAACCUGCCAACCUUUAACACUCAACCCACAGGUGAACCCUCUGCUCAGAGCUAAAUUAAUUCGGUGGUGGUACGCGGCCACCAAUUACAUUUUGUUCGCAUCAGCCUGCUGUUGGGUCUUCUACAGUUUCACCAGAUCUGUCUCUGAUUCGUGCUUUACCAACCCCCGGACCAUCCCACUUGUUUUUGUUUUAUAUUCCCACGUGCGCAUCCUCACAUGCUCUAUCGCUAAUUAGUUCUUCCCGGGAAGCUUGGUGUACACGAGCGACGAGACCAACUGACGAGACCAGCACGGCAGCACUUGGGCCAAUCAACCACGGCCGUGUCGUAACCGUUCCCGACCUCCUUACGAGACUGAUUCCGGGAGACAUCGAGUCAUUAAAACUGGACUGAAUGUGUCAUCCUUACAUCAGAAUCAUCACUGAUACCUCCCAAAACACUACACGAGGAGAACAGAGCGUACAUCGUUACUGCCAACACCGUGAGAGACGGGCUAGCUCGACGGGCAUCAAUGGCCAGUAAACCCUUCAGCAUCGAGAGUAUUCUCGCCUCCCCUACGCCCAGUAAAUCGCCCAAGUCCCCGUGCGAGGACGCCUCUACGACGGCCGCUGUAAUCGUAUCAAGCCGGGAUGUUCCUCAACUCCACAAGCCGGACCGAGAGACAGAGGAGAGGGCUACCGGGGUGACGCACGAUCUUACCCGGCGGGAUUUCCACCUAGCACCGGCGGCGCCUUUCACUCCUGGACCCUGGUACCCCUGGCUGCACGCUAACGCGUAUCUUCAGUACGCAUAUGAAAAUGCACUGAUGCACCAGCCGUCUUUCCCCCGCCCAACACCACCAAGCAUCCACCAGGCUUCCCCUCCAAACUCCCCCAAGUCAAUCAGCGGCUCUCAGUCACCCAGCCGCACCCACAGCCCCGACCAGACCGACGAUCGAGUCAGCGACGUGGACAGCGACACCGGCAAAAAGUCCGUGGGAGACGGGGGCGAAUUGGGCCAGCGCAAGAAGAAGAAGAAGACUCGCACGGUGUUCUCCCGUAGUCAGGUGUUCCAGCUGGAGACGACAUUCGACAUGAAGCGGUACCUGUCCAGCUCCGAGCGAGCCGGGCUGGCCGCAUCCCUGCACCUGACGGAGACGCAAGUCAAGAUCUGGUUCCAGAAUCGGAGGAACAAGUGGAAGCGACAGAUGGCAGCUGAGUUAGAGGCAGCUAACAUGGCUCACGUGGCUCACGCUCAGGUCCAAGCCCAGGCACAAGCAGCUCAGAGGAUGGUCCGGGUACCCAUCUUAUACCACGAGAACGCAUCCUCGGCCACCAGAGGCACACACGCAGACUCUGAGACCGGGGCCUUAUCCCGGCACCACCUUCUCCAGUUCCCCGUGUCUUAUUCCCCACAUUUCCAGCACCUAUCAUCAGCACCAACGUCGGUACCAGUCCGGACCUCAGUGCCAAGCAUUGCCACUUAACACUAACUGAACACCAAGACAACACACCCACCGACACAAUCUCCUUGAAUGCAUCCACAAUGUGGGAGGACACAACAAAGCAUAUGUAUACGAUAUUACUAUGAAAUAACGAUUGGUGGUGUGUCCACUUAGUGCAAUGUUGUCUACGCGAAGACAUCACUUAAUGGUUUUUGUGUAAAUACAUGUUAAAUGUCGACAUAAUUAUUUUAAGAUGACACAGUGAUCGCACAUGUGAUGUGUUGAGGACAGUGAUGUACAUAAACUAAAGAUGUUCUGAAUAUAACGAUGUUAAUUUGUAGUAUUUAUUUCAUUAUAUUUGGGUCUUUCGAGGGGCUAGGUAAAAAUCGUCUAAUUUAAGUUGUUCAUGCAAACACCCACACGACAAUGUGGGUGAUAGUUUAUUAAUAGUUUUUAACUUUCUUUGAGGCUGACAUUCCAGAAACCUGCAUAAUCUGUGAAUUUCAAGUGAAUAUCCCAAGUCAUCUGUGAGUGGAGAUCACAUACAAACGUUAAUAAGAAGUUGUUUGUUGAAACACAUUAAUUGUAAGUUUAUGUUCGUGAAUAAAAUGUCUAAUUCAACUGGAA